UAGUGCACGUGGAUUUUUCUUCUCGCUAGCAUUACAUCGCCGUAUUUGUGUGGUCGUUCAGAAAAAAAAAAAUUGUCUACACGUGCUGGACACAUCCAAUCUACGCGAUCAUUCUGGCUGACCGUGGCUGACGCCUCCAUAGUCAUGGUCGAACCAACUAAACUGUGGUCCACCGAGCUCGAUCUUCCCGCCGAUUGCGUCGAGUUCUGCCCUGUUAGACCGAGCAUGUUCGCCGUUGGAAUGUACAAGUUGGACGAAGAAGCAGGCGAGAGGAAGGGUGCCUUGGCUACUUUCCAGUGGCACGGCGGAGCAGACGUGCAACAGUUGUGCCACUCUGGCUCACUGCCAGGAGUGCUCGACGUCAAGUGGAAGGACGAUGUACUAGCAGGUGCCUUUUCCGACGGCACGGUACAGCUGCGCCGGCUACGGGAGGAACGGCUAGAGCCAGAGGCUUCUUGUCAAGCCGCAAGCUGCCUGGUACUGGCUGUGGCUUGGGCACCUGAGGGCGAUAAGUUGGCUGUAAGUUGCUCUGACGGGUCCGUCUCGACACUGAGCUGUGGUUCGGCUUCCUUGGAAUCCGUCGCAGAAAUCCAGUGUCACAGCUUUGAGGCCUGGAGCGUUGCCUGGGAUGCCACACAGCCCCACACCUUCUACACCGGAGGGGAUGACUGCCGUUUUUGCUGCUGGGACGAGCGAAGCCCUGGACAGGCUGUCCGCACACUGCGCAGGCACAGCAUGGGAGUGACGGCCAUUGCUCUGCAUCCCCACCAGGACCACGUGCUGGCAUCGGGCAGUUACGACGAGCAAGUGCUGCUGUGGGAUACGCGGAGCUUCUCCAAGCCCUUGUCCGAGGGACAGGCGGGAGGUGGCGUGUGGCGGCUACGCUGGAGAGUGGGCCCGACGCAUAGGCAGCAGCUGCUGGCGGUUGCCGCGAUGCACGGGGGAGCGUGUGUGCUCGCCCACAGCUCUGACGGUGCCCUGGAGCGCGUCUGCACCUACAUCGGUCACCGGUCCAUGGCAUACGGCAUCGACUGGGCGUGCGAGGACACCCUAGCUUCGUGUUCCUUUUACGACAAGCACCUAGCGCUGUGGCGGCACGAUAUACUUCGGGAGGGAUAGUCGUGCACACAUUAUGUGACUUUGCAACGACGCCCAAGUGGGGGGGGGCCACCGAGUGGCUGCAAACUGUCCGAGCACAUCGCGAUUGUGUCCUCACAUUACCAUAAA